GGGCUCCGCAGCACUCACUCAGGAUCGCGACCGAGGAGUGGUGAUGUCGCGGUGGGCAGCGACCACACUCUCUCCAGGACUAGAUCAGCGGCUGAUGUGCGAGUGAGAGGAACAGCAGGGAACGAGGUCGCCCAGUGUGUGUGUAGCUGACCCGCCUCGUGCACCUCAGAAAAAGGGAUUCACUAGGUUGAGGAAGUGUGGCCUGGCUGAGGUCUGCGACCAUGAAGGUCAAAGUCAUCCCGGUACUUGAAGACAACUACAUGUACCUGAUCAUUGAGGAACACACACGGGAGGCUGUGGCUGUAGACGUGGCUGUGGCCAAGAGGCUGUUGGAGAUUGCAGGCCGCGAGGGAGUGUCUCUGACCACGGUGCUGUCCACACAUCAUCAUUGGGACCACACACGUGGAAAUUCGGAGCUGGCACACUUGCGGCCAGGAUUGGCUAUCAUGGGAGCAGAUGAGCGCAUCUGUGCACUAACCCGCAAGCUGGAACACGGAGAAGAGCUUCAGUUUGGGGCCAUCCACGUGCGAUGCCUCUUGACGCCGGGCCACACCUCUGGCCACAUGAGCUACUUCCUGUGGGAGGAUGAAUGCCCGGACCCACCAGCCCUCUUCUCUGGUACCUUGCAGCCUGGACUCAUUCACCUACCCAAUUCCACUGUGCCCUCCCUACUCCCUUCUGACCCUCUCUGCUCCCUAGGGGAUGCUCUGUCAGUGGCAGGCUGUGGCUGGCACCUGGAGGACACUGCCCAGCAGAUGUACCAGAGCUUGGCCAAGACUCUGGGUACCCUUCCACCCCAGACGAAGGUGUUCUGUGGUCAUGAGCAUACGCUGAGCAAUCUUGAGUUUGCACAGAAAGUGGAGCCCUGCAACAACCAUGUGCAAGCGAAGCUGUCCUGGGCCCAGAAGAGGGAUGAUGAUGAUGUACCUACUGUGCCUUCGACACUGGGCGAGGAGCUCAUGUACAACCCUUUCCUAAGGGUGACAGAGGAUCCAGUUCGUGCAUUCACAGGCCAGGUGGCCCCAGCCCAGGUCCUGGAGGUCCUCUGCAGGGAGCGAGCACGCUUCCAGCUUGCUUUGGAGCCACCUCAGCCCCAGGUUCGGGCACUCCUGGCCUUACAGUGGGGGCUUCUGAGCACACCUCAAGAAAAGUGAACUGUGUGGGGAGCCUGCUUGUCCCCACACUCUCCUGGACCUCAGGCUGACUGAAACCUCGGCCUCCAAAACCUUCUGAGCCCCUGCUACCCUGCUUUGAAGAACCAGCAAGUGGUGCCUCCCUUGCCUCUACUCCUUGUGGAGCCGUACAAGUGGGAUCUCUAGGAGCUCUUGUGGGUCCAGACAUAUCCUGGGGACAGGAGGGUGAAUAAAACUUUGAAAGGCCCAG